AUGUCAUUUUCCUCGAGAAUACUUUUAACCGCUGCUGCUAGGGAGCGUUGUAUAGCUUGUUUACGAGAACUUCCCGAGUUUGUGCAUGAAAAUGUAACUCCGAAGCAGAGAGCUGCUGUUUUAGUGCCUAUUUGUGUGAUUGAUGAUCAAUUACAUCUAUUGUAUACUCUGCGGGCGUCCAAUUUAAAGACGCAUGGUGGCCAAGUAUCGUUUCCGGGGGGUAAGAUGGAUAAAGGAGAAGACGCAGUGGAAACCGCUCUGAGAGAGACGGAAGAGGAAAUUGGGGUGCCACGAGACGUUAUCGACGUGUGGUGUCCUAUGUCAUCACUACAGGGUCGUGAUAAAGAGAUGUUAAUUACACCAAUAGUUGGUGUUAUAAAUGACUUUGAACAGCAGACUUUAGUACCAAGUGUACAUGAAGUGCAAGAGAUUUUUACAGUACCUUUAUCAGCUUUGUGCGAACCAAAAAACCAUGCACACUUAAAGUUUGAAAAUACUAUGCUACCAGUGUAUUUGUAUGGGAAAUAUAAAAUAUGGGGCAUUACAGGAUUUAUAACUCACUUCUUUUUACAAUGUUUUCUUUCUGGUAAUAAUUACCAAGUUGACUUUAUGAGGAAAAACUUCACUUUAGAUGAAUUAAUGCAAUCUAAACUAUAG